CAGCAGAUCUCUGCGGAUGACACAAGUGAGGUGGCAGUGCAGGUUCGUGAGUUUGUGGAAGCAACUUUGCAAGAUUUGUCACGUGAUCUCUAUAAAGGUGGAUUGCAGUAUCAUAUUCGGGUCGCCUGUCCGUAUUGUCAGCAGGAAGAAUGCUCAAGCCAUAAUAAGAUUGCAUGUUCCCAUGAAGAUUGUCUUCACCUCCUUGAGUUACGACAAGGCGAUCCUCUGAUUUGCAAGAAGAAACCUGCAGAGGAGGUACUCACGGUUACGGGACAAGAACAGUGGUUCUCACAAAUAGAAAGUAAGGUAAGUAGUAGUGAAAUGCGAUCUCUAACAGUGCUGUUAGCAUAUUACAUAUCAAUCGAGUCCACCUACUACUAAAAAUUAUGUCCUCAAAAGAGUAGCAAUCUAUUUAGUCUAUACAUGUGCUAUACAUGUGCUUUGUUAGGUUAUAGUAUGAUGUAGAACGUAUGCCUUCAUUUAUCCUACCACGGGCUUCUCUGCAGUGUAAGAGAAGGCUUUGUUGCUGUCAACUUCAUUGGCGAUCAUUGGUACUUAAUAUCAAAUAAGUUGAUAAGCUCAAUUGCCUACCAUACAUUACUAAUUGCUAUUGGCCUUUAGGCAUUAAGCAGUGAGUAUAUAACUUUUUCCCAAGUCUUGUUUAAUGUCCUGUUUUGCUUUACUGUUGAGUAAUAAGUUUAUAGAAGCUAACGUGUUGAUAACAUGUUUUCAAACUUUCAUUCUAAAAUGUAGAAACCCCCAGUUGUAAAAAUUUAUAUUUUAAAGUGUGCAAUUUUGGUUGCUAUCCAGGAGGCGUGUACUCCAUCAUCAUCACCUGAUACUGCACAAGCUCGUCCAGAGCGUCUGGUACUGAAAGUUACCCUUCUCGCGAAUGAGUGGGGGUCGUGCAAGGGUGGCUUGUCAACGAUAAACAGAACUCUUGCCAUACAUUUGGCAAAAGACGCAAACGUAGAAGUCACCAUUCUUGUACCUGAAUUUGAGUGUGGCGAAGAGGAUAAGAGAGCGGCCAAAAGUCACAACAUUUCCAUCCGGGAAGCAGAGCGCCUUCCUGGCUUCAGUGAUCCUCUUGACUGGUUGAGUUUUCCACCAGAUGACCUUGANAAACUUUCAUUCUAAAAUGUAGAAACCCCCAGUUGUAAAAAUUUAUAUUUUAAAGUGUGCAAUUUUGGUUGCUAUCCAGGAGGCGUGUACUCCAUCAUCAUCACCUGAUACUGCACAAGCUCGUCCAGAGCGUCUGGUACUGAAAGUUACCCUUCUCGCGAAUGAGUGGGGGUCGUGCAAGGGUGGCUUGUCAACGAUAAACAGAACUCUUGCCAUACAUUUGGCAAAAGAAGCAAACGUAGAAGUCACCAUUCUUGUACCUGAAUUUGAGUGUGGCGAAGAGGAUAAGAGAGCGGCCAAAAGUCACAACAUUUCCAUCCGGGAAGCAGAGCGCCUUCCUGGCUUCAGUGAUCCUCUUGACUGGUUGAGUUUUCCACCAGAUGACCUUGAAAUUCAGGUUGUGAUCGGCCAUGGAGCAAAGCUUGGCAGACAAACACAAAUUAUCAGAAAGUCUCAUCGAUGCAAGUGGGUGCAGUUUGUUCACACUGAGCCUGAAGAGCUGGCGAUGCAUAAGAACUAUCCAAGCGCCAUUGCCAAGGGAGAAGGGAAGAACAGAGCUGAAGUUGACCUUUGUCAAAUUGCAGAUCUCGUUUUAGCCGUUGGACCCAAGUUGAAAGAAGCGUUCUCGUCCAAGUUGUGUUCAUCUCGUCGAGAUAUCUUUCAACUGAUACCAGGUUCCUUCGCAGAGUUUUCAGACAUUGAGCAUGCUGAACAAGAAAGUGUAAAUUUCAAAGUGUUAGCCUUCGGUCGCGGUGAUUUCGAAGACUUUAGUCUUAAAGGAUACGACGUUGCCGCUCAAUCUAUAGUUGAAUUGAAGGACAGUUCCUAUAGUCUUGUGUUCGUUGGUGCAUCCGAUGGAAGGCAGGAUGAAGUCGCAGAAAUCUUGCUCCAGACUGGCAUUUCAAAGAACCAGCUGAUUGUCAGAUCAUUUGUGAAAGACAAACAAAGAUUGAGAGAGUUGUUUUGUGAAAUCGAUCUGGCCAUCAUGCCAUCAAGAACUGAGGGGUUUGGUUUGACAGCAUUGGAAGCCAUGUCAGCUGGUCUUCCCAUUCUGGUUAGUGGAAACUCCGGAUUUGGAAAAGCACUGCGUGGCCUUCCAAUGGGUAAGUCAUUUGUGAUCGACUCUGAUGACCCCAAGGAAUGGGCAAAGAAAAUUGAAGCCAUCCGUCAAAAAUCAAGGACACAGCGGCUUGAGGAAAUCCAAAGACUGCGAAGAAGUUAUGAUGAAAGUUUUAGUUGGGAGGGACAGUGCCAGGCCCUUGUUGACAGGAUGUGGAAGAUGGUCAAUGGUAAGAAAUCAAAUUUACCGAUAGAGAAGUAACGAUAAUAAUAAUAAUUAGUACGUGAUGAUUUUCAGAUGUGUAUCUUUUCAGUAUUAUCCUCCAUUUGGCCUUCAUAAUUCAUCGCUGUAUGUCCAUUGCUUCUACAAUAGCGAGUGCAUAAAUACAUUUUUACUAUAUUAUGUUUCGUGGUCCAUGUGCGUCGCUGAAGAACUAUUGUCGUUGACCAUUUUAACUUUAAUGGUGGCAUUCACAUUGUCCACGUCGUUCUCCAUAUAUUUCUUGUGUUAAUGAUCAAUUUCAUUUUUUAAAACUUUUAUGUAUAAUUUUAUAACAUGUUGCCUACACUUAAGGGAAUUAACGGUACAUGAAAAUUAAAGUCCAUAACAUUGUGAUGCAUGAAAGUCAUCUGAUUUCUAUUCAUAUGCAGUAGCAGUGUUGGGGUUGUCUUGUAUAUAAAAAGAACGUAGCAAAAAAAGUCCAGCUGAACUUUUGGCUUAUAAUUUGUCACAAAAAAUGGAAGUGGGGCUUCUGAGGUUGAAAUCGUUUGUUUUUUUUUUAAGAGUGAAUUUUUUUUUUGUAAAUCAUCGCUUUUUAUAACUUUACAGGUCUUGGAAAAACCAAAGAAGAUGACGUUCCACAGAACGACUGUGAAAAGGACGCUUCAACAGAACCCAUGGCAGCUAAUGUCAUUGUUUGCUUUCUCAGUUGAACCAAGGACAAAUUAUUUGUGCAGCCGAGCAAGGUUAUUUUUUUCUGUUGAACCAGGGUACUUUCGAUUAUUGGGGUGCAUCUCCAAGUAAACUGACGUAAACUAACUGUUUCCCUCUCCUGCUUACAGGCCAAACCAUUUAAAUUCACUGCUAAUUUUAAACUUUACAGGUGUUGAAAAAACCCAAGAAGUUGACGUUUCACAGAAUGACUUUGAAAAGGAUGCCGUAUCAGGACCGAUGGCAGGUAAUGCCAUUGUUUGCUUUGAGAAUAAAACCAAAACCAAAAUAUGUUUUUGCAGUAGAGUGAGGUUAUUAAGUUCUUUGGAGACCACAGUAAUUUUCAAUUAAAUUGUCUGCUGUUUUGAGCUUCAGAUCAGUGCACAAUCUCCUAUUAAACUGGACUGAAAUAACCCCUAUCUUAUGUUAAUUUUUUUUUCAUCUUCCGUUUACAGAUGAAUUACCCGUUUUUAUUGUACUUCAACAAAUCAUACGGGAAGCACGCAUAGAGUCCAGCAAAACUAAGCUGUCGCAGGCUUUGAAGGGGACUGCAUUAGAAAAAGGUUUUGCAAUUUCUGACAAUCAAGGAGAGGGAAACUGUAUGUUUUUUGCACUUUCAGAACAGCUUGACCUUAUCAAAGGAAUCAAAAUCUCCCAUGAUGAGUUACGCCGAACUAUUGUUCAACACCUUCGGGAAAACCCUAAG